UUUCUUUCUUUAACAUUUUUCACGUUAAAAAAAAAAAAAAAAAAACUUUAAUUCAAUUCACUUUUGUUUUACUCAACAACACUGGCAUCCUAUAAAGGUUUUACAUCACGUUUCUUAGUUUCAGCAAAAACGAUACGAGGCAUUUGGUAUCGGAGCCACCUACGUGUUCACUUGCCGCAUCCCCCCACGCCCCCCCUCACUUCCUCUCUGUUUGACCACAAAAAGAAAAUGUGGUACAAAAUUUAGACGAGCGACAUAUGAAUUUAGACAGCGAGAGCAACAACACAGCAGGUGAGUGAUGCUCUCUUUGAAAAUGUCGUCCUGUAUCACUACAAUCGAAACGAUCUUUUAAUUCUCGCCUGAAUUGUAUUUACAUGGUCACGUAACAGAAUGGAUUCCCGGCCGUGGUCCAUGAAGAAGGUUCUGCUGCAGGUAUGGCUCACUUUCCUCACCGUGGCCGUUCUGCUCGUGGGUGCGCUGCUCGGCUACUUCAUCAAACAAGUGGCCUUCGUGGAACUACGAGAAGGCACAACGCUGAGCGGUGGAAAUAAUUUCAAUCCGACACGAGCUUCGUUGAUGUCCGUUGGGGUAUUCCCAGGUUCCUCUCAUUCAUACAUACAAAUCAUGAAACCUUCUAAAGGACAACCUUGGGAGUCUAGCUUACCCACAUGCGACCAAUGCUCCCUAGAACUUCGUGAUGACUCCAUCCAGUUUGGGAGGGACGGCGUCUACUUCCUGUACGCCCAGGUGACCUUCACUGAACAGUCCGGAAGCGGAGAGCAACGUGUGAUUGUGACAAAAAACGCCACGUCUGGCAAAAGCAUCAGGAAGCUGGCUGAGGGCUACUACCCGGCGGGCACGUCCCAUGGCUCCGUGUGGUUGGCCAAGAUGGUGCGCCUCCGGGAGGGGGACAGCGUCAGCGUUAAUAUCAGUGGAGACUUUCUAACCGACGACACUUUUUGGGGCGCCUUUCAGAUCCAUUAGCGGAGGCGGGGGACUCGAGACAUUUGACUUAACUCGAGCGGAGUACAGGUUUGAGAUCAACAGAUUAUAUCGUGAAUCUCAUCUUGUCAAUUACGAGCGAGGAAAAAUAGCAAGUUUGAGCACAUUGUACCUCACUUUGUUUUGUUGGUUGGGUUCAGUAGGUGAAUCCAAACUGCAAUAUUUUGACUGGCCACUCGGUAGCGCUGUUUCCUCCUCGCGUUUAACAAACACUUUCACUUUGUGUGACGUCGCAGCGACGACACAAACCACUGAAUUGCUGAGCGGCCAAUUAAGCGGCUCACGAGUCACUAUUAAGUGACAUCAUAAUAAACACACACACAUAGCAUACCUUAAUCAAUACACACCCGUGUUAAGUAAUUUUAAUUAUUCUAUGAAUAGACUUCUUCAAAAGUGUAAUCAGUUUUAUAUUCUAGAAAUAUGCCGUCUAAGUAAAAUAUGUUGUGAAUCAGAAAUGAAUGUUACUGCUAAUUUGCCGGGCAAACUGAAUAUCAUGUAUUAUAUUGUCAUGUUU